AUGCAGCUGCGGCCCCGCAUCGGCCCCGCGGCACACAGCGGUCUCCCUGUGCGGCUGACGUGGCGCGCCGGGGUGCAGCCGCGGGCACGCCGUACCCUGCCGGUGGCCGCCGCGGCCGCCGCCCCCACCCAGCCAGAUGAGAAGCUUUACACUGCCAAACAGCCGCCGGCCGCGUGGCUGGGUCCUGUGCAGGCGGCGCGAUACGCCGGCCCGACCGGCCGCGGCCUCGAGGCGGCGAGGACCAUGGCAGGCGGAGAGCUGCUGCUGGUGUCUGAGCCACUAGCGCUCGUGGAGCAGGCGGGCGGCGACGACGAGGAUGAGGCAGAGAGCCGCGAUAGCGGCGGCCGCGACGGCGCUGCGGGCGCGGCGACGCGGCCGGAGGCGCGCGGCGGGGGCGAGGAGGGCGAGGAAGAGGAGGGGGCCGAGGAGGGCGGCGGCGGCGGCGGCGAGGGGGCGGCGUACGUGCCGACCGACGCGGACGUGGACGCGAUGGUGGCGCAGCUGCAGGGGCGCCGGGAUGCGCGCGCCGAGGGCUGGCUGUCAGCCCUGGAUGACGGCACGCCCGAGCGCGCCUCGCAGCUUCCAGAUUUCCGGGCCCUCGCCUCCGCCUCUUCCGACCCCCCGCCGGAAGGCGAACGGGCGGACGAGGAUCCGGAUCUCUGGGACCCGGAUCUCCUGGCGGACCUGGUGGAUCUGAAUUAUACGUGCGGGCGCGAGGACGGCGCGCUCUCCGCGCUGCGGGGCGCGCCGCAGCGCGACUUGGUGGGGCUGUGGCCGGAGGCGGCGCUGCUCAACCACAGCUGCGCCCCCAACACCGCGAGCCUGAUUCUGGAGGGCCGCCUGCUGGUGCGGGCGUCGCGGCCGGUCGGCAAGCAGGUCGAGGUCACCACCUCUUACCUGGCCGGCCCGCUGCUGCUGGCGCCGCUGCAGCAGCGGCAGGCGGCGCUGCGCGACGCGCGCGGGUUUGCUUGCAGGUGCGUGCGCUGCCGUGACGAGGCGCGCCAGGACCCCAACCUCCUGCAGCUGGUGGAUGAUGUCAUCGACGCGUGCGGGGGCUUGGAGGCUGACCUGGCGGAUGCGGUUGUGGCCGGCCGCGAGGCCGAGGUGGCCAGCAUACGCGACCAGCUGGCGGCGUUCAUUGAGGUCGUGGAUGCGGCCUUCAACAAGCUGGCGCUGCCGCAGAGGAGCCAGAUCUACAUCCAGGCCUCCCUGUUCAGGCUGUACGAGCUGGCGGCCCUCGCCACCGCGGCCGCGGGGGAGGAGCAGCCGCGCCUGCUGGAGCUGCUGGCGGCGCUGUCGGGGGAAGUGGCACCUGGAGGGGAGGAGCACGUGUACUGGGCGCGCCGCUACAGGACCAUCGUCGAGGAGACAGAGGGCGAUGACGGGCGGCUCGACGGCUCCCUGCGCCAAGCGGACCAGGCCUGCUUCGCCGCCCACGUGGCGCGGUAUGGCCAGCUGUCUCGGCCGCUGUACCGCCGGCUGAUGCAGGCUGCUGAGCUGGCGGAGGCGGGCAGCGAGGAGGAGUGGGAGGACGAGUGA